ACUAGGCCCUGUCUCUAUCCGCCAUGUUAGAUUCACCCCGUAGGGGUAGCGACAGGACUGGCCUUGAAAGGUUCUUGCACUGGUGUCCGGCAGGCGCCCCCCGGGGGCGGAAAACUGCCCUACAGCAUGGAACCACAGGUUACUCUAAACGUGACUUUUAAAAAUGAAACUCAGAGCUUUCUGGUUUCCGAUCCAGAAAAUACAACUUGGGCGGAUGUAGAAGCUAUGGUAAAAGUUUCAUUUGAUCUGAACACUAUUCAAAUAAAAUACCUGGAUGAGGAAAAUGAAGAGGUGUCCAUUAACAGUCAAGGAGAAUAUGAAGAAGCUCUUAAGAUGGCAGUUAAGCAGGGAAACCAACUGCAGAUGCAAGUCCAUGAAGGAUACUACGUUGUGGAUGAAGCCCCAACCCCAGUUGUAUCAGAAAAACGACUAGCUGCCAGGGCAGGGAAGAAGCCACUUGCACACUAUUCUUCAUUGGUGAGAAUCUUGGGAUCAGACAUGAGACCACCAGAGGAGCCUGCAGCACAGCAAUUUCCACUUGCUCCAUGUGAUGCAGACCAGCCUCAAGACAAGCCCCCAGACUGGUUCACAAGCUACUUGGAGACAUUCAGAGAGCAAGUGGUUAAAGAAACAGUUGAAAAGCUUGAACAGAAAUUACAUGAGAAGCUUGUACUUCAAAGCCCAACGUUGGGUUCCUGUCCCUCAGAAGUCUCAAUGCCUAUUUCAGAUGAAACACUGUUUUUGCCAGAAAAUCAGUUCAACUGGCAUAUUGUUUGCAGCAGCUGCCAAAAAAGAAUCAUUGGUGUGCGCUACCAGUGCAGCCUAUGCCCAUCCUACAAUAUCUGUGAAGAUUGUGAGGCAGGGCCAUACGCCCAUGACUCUAACCACGUCCUACUAAAGUUGCGGAGACCUGUUGUGGGAUCCUCUGAACCAUUCUUGCACUCAAAGCUCUCUACUCCUCGUCUUCCCGCUGCUCUGGAACAAGUCAGGCUGCAGAAACAGGUUGACAAGAACUUUCUUAAAGCAGAAAAGCAGAGGUUACGAGCUGAGAAGAAACAGCGUAAAGCAGAGGUCAAGGAACUUAAAAAGCAGCUUAAACUGCACAGGAAGAUUCAUCUGUGGAAUUCUAUCCAUGGACUUCAGAGCCCCAAGUCUCCUUUGGGCCGACCCGAGAGCUUGCUGCAGUCUAACACCCUGAUGCUCCCUUUGCAGCCUUGUGCCCCAGUUAUGCCAACCCUCAGUGCAGCAUUUGUGGAUGAGAAUUUGCCUGAUGGGACGCACCUUCAGCCAGGCACCAAGUUUAUCAAACAUUGGAGGAUGAAAAAUACAGGAAACGUAAAAUGGAGUGCAGACACAAAGCUCAGGUUCAUGUGGGGAAACCUGACUUUGGCUUCUACAGAAAAGAAAGAUGUCUUCGUUCCUUGCCUGAAAGCCGGCCAUGUGGGAGUUGUCUCUGUGGAGUUCGUCGCCCCAACCUUGGAGGGAACGUACACUUCUCAUUGGCGUCUUUCUCAUAAAGGCCAGCAGUUUGGACCUCGGGUCUGGUGCAGUAUCAUAGUGGAUCCUUUCCCCUCCACAGACAGCCCUGGUAACAAUGAAAAGGGCAUAAUCAGCUCAAGCAAAGCUGAUGACCUCACCUGCCAGCAAGAGGAAGCUUUUCUUCUGGCCAAAGAAGAUACUCAGCUUGAUGAAGUGACUCAGCAGACAGAAAGGACAGGGACCUGCAUUCCUCAGAAGAUAAAAAAGAUUACCAGCGAGAGGGAGCUUUACAUCCCAUCUGUGGAUCUUCUAACUGCCCAGGACCUGUUGUCCUUUGAACUGUUGGAUAUAAACAUUGUCCAAGAGUUGGAGAGAGUGCCCCACAACACUCCUGUGGAUAUGACUCCCUGCAUGUCUCCUCUGCCACAUGACAGUCCUUUAAUAGAGAAGCCAGGCUUGGGGCAGAUACAGGAAGAAAGUGAAGGGGCGGGAUUUAAAGCACUUCCUGGUUCCACAGUGUCAGUAAAGAGUAAGGCUGAGAGCACUGCUCCAGUGGAGGAAGCAGAAGAUGACCUGAGUGGGACCCAGUUUGUGUGUGAGACCGUGAUCAGAUCCCUUACCUUGGAUGCUGCCCCUGAUCACCACCCACCUUGCCGACAGAAGUCCCUGCAGAUGAAUUCUGCCUCGUCUGAAGGAGAGGGACACCUUGGUGAUGAGAGAGAGGAGACUGUCUGUAUCACUGAGGAAGAAGUUGUGGAGGAGGAAGAGGAUGAGCUCCAAGACGAAGUUCAGAGUCAGUCCUCUGCUUCCUCAGAGGAUUACAUCAUCAUCCUGCCUGAGUGCUUUGAUACCAGCCGCCCUUUGGGGGACUCCAUGUACAGCUCUGCCCUCUCUCAGCCAGGCCUGGAGCGAGGGGCUGAAGGCGAGCCUGGGGUUGACGCUGGACAGGAACCAGCCGAGGCUGGGGAGAGGCUCCCUGGAGGGGAGGACCAGCCGCAGAGGCAUAGCAUCAAUGACAUCCUCAUGACCUCACAGACUCUGGAAGCAGUGCCCCUAACCCCAGAGGUGGUGGGGCCUCCACCUCCGCUGCCCAGGAGCCCUCCUGGUGUACAGCAUGAUGGAUCCCCAGGAGUGGAUUUACCAGUUACCAUCCCAGAAGUUUCUUCAGUCCCUGAUCAGGACAGAGCAGAGCCCAGAGGUUCAUCAGGACUUGUAAACAGCAGACAGAAGAGCUAUGACCACUCAAGGCACCACCAUGGGAGCAGCAUUCCUGGAGGACUGGUGAAGGGGGCUUUGUCUCUUGCUGCCUCUGCAUACAAGGUCCUGUUUGCUGGGGCACCAGUCACUGCACAGCCAGUAGUUUCUGAAGACCAGACAGCAGCCUUGAUGGCCCAUCUCUUUGAAAUGGGAUUCUGUGACAGGCAGUUGAACCUAAAACUGCUGAAGAAGCACAACUACAACAUCCUGCAGGUUGUGACAGAACUUCUUCAGGUUAACAACAAUGACUGGUACAGCCACCGCUAUUGAAGAGUUUCCUUGUAUUAAAUGCCUGCCUGCUGCUCAGAGAUGAUCUUUACUCUGUUAUUGGGGUGUGGGGUAGAAGCCCUUGUUUGUUUUUUAAUCUGAUGAAUAUUUAUAUAGCCCAUCAUUGAAUUAUCAAGACAAUACCUGCAAUACAGUAUUUUUUGGAGCCAAUCAAAGACUACAGCUUAAAUUUUCACUUUAGACACUGGAUAAAUUGUAGGAAGACGGUUUUUCAAUUGAUUUAGAUAAAACUCCUUUCUCCAUUUUAGUGUAUUGAAGAGUUUAAUUUGAACUGCCUGUAGGAACCAGUUUUCUUUCUGCUUGUAUAGAACCUGAGUGUUUUUGUUUAGUUAAUGUGGAUGUUUUUAUGGGGUAUCUGUUAAUUGUCGAUUUUUAAAUGAAAUGAACAUUGGAAGAAAGGCUAUCAGUUGUUUUCAAGAAUUAUUCUUAAGGUUUCUCUAACCCUACCCCAAGCCUCAUAGCUAUGUGGAUUGAAAUGACACCCAGAGCAUGACAGAAACAUUGCUCCUCUUCCUUUCUUAAGGAGGUCAUUUCCCCACAAGACUUAGUAAUUUGUAUCUUUGCUUUCUAAAGACAAUUUGAUGCAUUUAAGAGUAUCCACCUUCUAGGUCUCUACAUUUCAAUGAAAGGAGGGAGGAGUGUGCUGAAUAAUUAACUCACCAGCACCUCUUGAUUUAUGUCUAUUGUAGUAAUUUUGCAUACAUUUUUCUUUCCUUUAAGGGAGAAAAUUGUUAAGUAGGUAGUGUGAAAUAUUUUGCUAAUCCUAUAUGGGGAGAAAAGAAUGCUUCUAUUAAAGGGAAGAGUACAUUUAACAAUUACUUUUUUUUUUAAAUGUCAGGGCAGAUCUUAUUUUA